GAACUUGAAGUAAUGCGUUUGGAAGAUUUUAAUUCUAACCUCACUCAUUGCUUUGAUUUGUUUAAUAUUUGAUUAAUUUGAGCAACAAAUCCUUUAAUUAUAUUGGAGUAGUAUUAAAAUAUGGCUUUAGUAGCGUACGACAGCAACAGUGACAGCGAGUAUGAAGAAGAGGCAGAGUCCGAUUCUCUCUGUAAUGGUACAGUAACACUAACAAAGUCUCUAUUGCCUUCCGAUUCCAAUAUUGCACCUCAAAAUGACCAGAGGAAUUUGUUUUCGACUUUACCUCCUCCACAAGAAGUUGAAAAUGAGGUAAUUGAAGAAGUUGAAGACGAAUUUCUACAAAAAACAGAAGAGGUUACUGAAAAACCAAAAAAACGGAUUAGAAUAGACAUACCUACCCUUGACUACAGCAGUGACGAAGACGAAAAGCCAGUCGAAAGGAAAUCAAAACAAAAAGUUUCAGGAUUAUUCACAUUACUGCCCCCGCCUAAAGGUACCCCAUUGUCGAGCACAAGUUUUGUACCCAACGUUCUUCAAAAGAGGAAUAGUAAAAAACCGCCACCUUCGAAAACUCCACAGAAAAGAAAAGUGGCAGAAGACACAACUCCAAAACCUACUCCCAUUUCAUUAAUUAAAAAUGGGUCGGACUCGACAGACGACGAAGAGUUUGAAAUUCCCGAAACAUACGAUGAUGCAACUUGGCAGGAAGUUUGUGGACGAAAGAAGAAAAAACUGCAGAAACCGCCAGCUGAACCAGAACCGGAGCAAGUGAAAGUAACGGAAACUGUCGAAGCUGCUCCCGAUGUCGAUCAGCCGUACAAAGGACUCGAUAAUAAAGCUUUCAAAGAGUUACUGGGAAAUACCAAAAGAAUCCCCAGAAACGUUAAGCUAAUUGACAUCCACGAAGAUGCCAUUAGACCUGACAAAGAGGUUUGGUUAAGGUCACUAACAGAUCCAGAUCUCGAAGCUGAACCUGUCAUAGAAAAAACAGUAGAUAGUACGAGAAAGGUGAAGAAUCACAUUACUGCGUUAGCACAAAAAGCACUGGCGAACGAUAAGGAACUCCAGAAAACAUGGUCCGAAAAUAGGUAUAAUCGCAAACAAACGCAAGCAAAAUACGGAUUUUAAGUUGUCUUCUUUUUAAUUAUCAAUGUUUGUUUAAGUAGAUUAGUUUUCUUAGCUGUACAUCUGUAUAAACAAAUUUUACAAUAAAAAUUAGUAUUUAGGUAUUGUUUA